UGGCAAGGCAGCAACAGCUAGCGAGGUCGGUAAAAGUGUAGGGAAAUUCCUACACGGGACCCAACACGAGGGGAGCAGGUGCUUUUGGGAGGAAAAUUCCUACGGGCUAUGAGUAGGCGGCAGGUAGUCAGAUCGUGGCGAUAUCUGCCCGGUCAAAGUUUGCUACGUUUACCUAUGCGAAAUUUUUUUUCAGCAACUGCGUCGUUUAUUUUUUAUUUAUGGUUAGCCUGCCACUCUACUUAAAUUUGAUGAUGACCCCACGUGUAGUCUUUCGCGGUUCGUCUUGCGAACAGGAGCAUCUUGUUCUGUCGAGGUGCGUGCCGGAAAGUGCCGUCGGAGGGUAGCAGGUGAAAGGUCCUGAGUUUUUGAAGAUGUUUAACGGCAUACCAUCAGCUUGCCGAGUCUCGGCAAAACACAUUUACGUGUCAAUGCGUGAAUUCCGACUGCCGGCUAAAGACGAAGAAUACAGGAAAUAUUACAGUUUGCUGGGAGUCAAAGAUGGGAGUGAUCAGGAGGUCGUUCGCCAUGCUUUUGUUACCCUUGCCAAGCAGUAUCACCCAGAUAGUGAUUCACCAAAGAGGAGCACAGAGAAGUUUCGAGAGAUAGAGCAUGCCUACCGUAUGCUACGAAACAAGAUCAAAGAAAUGCGCGAUGAAGGCGACCAAAAUCUUGGUACCUACCGUCAAGAAAAGAGGAGAAGGGUAAAUAAUGAUGAGGUCCAAGAAUUUGAUAUUAAGCACACAGCUCCACAGCAUCGGCAAUACCUUACAUUGAAUGGAGACGGGCGCGGCAACCCUUUGGAAAGACAGAGACAACAUCAAAAGAUUAAAGCUGCAAAUGCUAUGGAAAAAGUCUUUGAUCACAAAAUUGCGAGAAUUCAGAAGCUGUUGGAUGAAGCUACAAAAUCGUUUGAUGAUGAAAAUUCACUUGUCGUGCAAGACCAAAAGAAAGCUAAGGACGGAUUAACAAGAUACGGUAUGGAAAGGUUGGUUGAAGACCUAAUCCAAGAAUCCAUGGCACGGGGUGACUUCGAUAAUUUAGAAGGAUCAGGGAAACCGUUGAAACAAUUAAAUGAAUACAAUCCAUACAUAGAUUUUUCAACUCACAAAAUGAACCAGAUAAUGAUUGAUAACGGUUUCAUGCCAACAUGGAUCACACUGCAGAAAGAGAUAAGAGACGAUUCUGAUCAUAUUCGGUCAAUGCUAACAAGAAUGCGAGCUAAUUAUGGGGCACAUCCUCUGCCGAAAGAAGAGGAGCGUUCAUGGCGAGACAGCGUUAUGAAACUUGAGGAUCAAGUGGAAAAGCUCAACAAGAAGAUAGGAAAAUUCAAUUUGACGGUGCCAAUUUUGGAUAAGCAAAUGCUGCUAUUCGAUUUGAUGAAAGAGAGCGAAAAAAUACUGAUCAAUGGAAAAGCAGCAACGGAUUCUAGCCGCUCAUGUUCAGCAGAAAAAUUGGACUCGCGAGACAAAGAUGCUACGGGAAUGUUUACAGGCCUGAUAAACACUGUUUUGCAGAGAGUUUGCAGGCAAGGAUGAGCGCUAUCCUCCCUCGCACACCUCCAACACUUAACACCUUCAGAUGAUGAGUUCUGUUCUUGGAGAAACACAUUAAUUCUUUAUAUUAAAGACGAUUCAAAAUUUUUUCCAUUCCUUUAUAACUGAAAACACAGCUUGGGCUUAGAGUCCAAAAUUUUGGAUUUCAAAUUGAUUUCAAUAGUGCUAAUGAUUUUUGUUAAUUUUUGGUGCUAAUGAUUUUUGUUAAUUUUUGAAGACAAAUAAAUUGUAUUCUCAUGAGC